CAGGGCGGCUAGAGGAUACAAACAAGAGAUGGAGGCUAUAUAAUAAAGAAAGCUGGACAAAGGUAACUGCAAGUACUGAGCAAACACAUAAUUAAUGGCUUCUAAACCUGGUAUUCUCUCAGAAUGGCCAUGGACAAAACUUGGCAAUUUUAAGUACUUGGUAUUGGCACCAUUUGUUGCUCAUAGCAUAUACGUAUACUCGAGGGAGAGGGACAUCGGAUACUUGCUCAUAUUCCCGUUACUACUCUCGAGAAUUAUUCACUAUCAGAUAUGGAUAUCCCUAUCGCGAUACAGGACUACUAAGGGUAAUAAUCGGAUUGUUGAUAGGAGUAUUGAAUUUGAGCAAGUUGACAGAGAAAAAAACUGGGAUGAUCAAAUCAUAUUUAAUGGGCUAUUAUACUAUUUUGGAUAUUUGAAGAUGGAACAAGUUCAUCACUUGCCUCUAUGGAGGACUGAUGGGAUGAUUAUAACUGCAUUGAUGCAUAUUGGUCCUGUUGAGUUUAUCUAUUACUGGUUUCACAGAGCUUUGCACCACCAUUUUCUCUAUUCUCGUUAUCAUUCUCAUCACCACUCGUCUAUGGUUACCGAGCCCAUCACUGCAUUUAUUCAUCCGUUUGCUGAGGUCGCAGCAUAUUAUGCCAUCUUUACGGUUCCUGCAAUCGCAACAGAAUACACUGGGACUACUUCUGUAGCUUCAUUUGCACUUUAUGUUACUUUUACUGAUAUAAUGAACAACAUGGGACAUUGCAACUUUGAGGUCAUUCCGAAGUGGAUAUUCUCGAUCUUUCCACCUCUCAAAUACUUGCUAUAUACGCCCUCGUACCACUCACUACAUCAUACUCAAUUCAGAACAAAUUAUUCUCUGUUCAUGCCAAUAUAUGACUAUAUAUUUGGUACAGUCGACAAGUCAUCAGACACAUUGUAUGAAAAGUCGCUUGAGAAAAAAGCAGAAGUGCCUGAUGUGGUGCACCUUACACACCUAACAACGCCACAAUCGAUCUAUCAUCUCCGACUAGGAUUUGCAUCUUUGGCCUCGAACCCUCACACGGCCAGCUCUAAGUGGUAUUUGUGGUUAAUGUGGCCUGUCACGCUAUGGUCAAUAAUGAUUACUUGGAUUUAUAGUAACACAUUUGUUGUCGAGAGGAAUUUGUUCAAGGAUCUCAAAUUACAAACUUGGGCUAUUCCAAAGUUUCGCAGACAAUACUUCAGCCAAUGGCAAAGAAAAAGUAUUCUUAAUUUGAUCGAGAAAGCCAUCAUGGAAGCAGAUCAGAAAUGCAUAAAGGUGUUGAGCCUCGGACUCUUAAAUCAGGACGAGAAAUUGAACAACAAUGGUGAAGUUUACGUAAGGAAGCAUCCUGAGCUGAAAGUGAAAGUGGUAGACGGAAGCAGCCUAGUUGUUGCUGUGGUUCUCAACUCCAUUCCUAAAGGAACUUCCCAAGUGGUGCUUCCAGCCCAUCGCUUGUCUAAAGUUGCUUACUCCAUUGCUCUCGCCUUGUGCCAACGAGGAAUUCAGGUUGUCAUGUUAGAUGAAGAGGAGUACGAGAGACUUAAAGAAAAGUUUACCCCUGAGGAUGCAACUAACUUGAUCUUGUCGGGAAGCACCGGUGUUUCAAAGACGUGGCUAGUAGAAGAUGGAUUGAGUGAAGAGGAACAAUUCAAAGCACCAAAAGGAACAUUAUUUAUUCCUUAUUCGCCAUUCCCACCAAAGAAAGCUCGCAAGGAUUGCUUCUACUUCAACACACCAGCCAUGAUUAGUCCCAAACAUCUACAGAAUGUCGACUCUUGUGAGAAUUGGCUGCCGCGAAGAGUGAUGAGCGCGUGGAGAAUAGCUGGAAUUUUGCACGCGAUUGAAGGUUGGAACGAGCACGAGUGUGGUAACAUGAUGUUUGAUAUUGACAAAGUAUGGAAAGCUAGUCUUGAUCAUGGUUUUUCCCCAUUAACCAUGUCUUCUGCUAUUGAGUCCAAGGCUUAGAAGUAUGGAUUGUUUCUACCAAGAUCAUAUCUUGGAUCAUUGGUGACUUCGAAGUUCGUAGAAAUGAGUUGUCAUUUACUAUUUUGUCCUCAAUGUAAUAGAAAAUAAUGGUCAAAAACCACAUGAAAUAUCACUUUUUUUUUGCGAGUC